AAUGCGAAUUUAGUAUGUAUACCGUAACUAGAUAUAUAUAAGUAUAAGGUUUUCCUUGCGCGUCAAUAACCAUAUACUAUAAUAACCAUCCGCAUUCGUUCGAAUGAUUGUUUUUUGACUGCAUAUCAUGUGGAUUUCGGAACGACAGCAUCGUAUUGUGUGUGAUAAGAUCCCUGCAAUCGGCGAUAGUCUUACCACCGGGACAUAGCAAUAAGCGAACUGAAAAAGUUUCCUGAAUAUGGUAGUAAACAUACGGUGAAAUGACGACAUAAAAAGAGCAUUGAUUGACAUUGUUAAAAACACUCGUUAUACAAGUUCAUUGAAAAAUUGGAGAUUCGUGAAAACGAAGCAGUCGAGAUUGUCAUGAAAACCAUGUACUAUAAUGGGUAACUUCUAUGUGCAAAUGGCAUCUAUCGCGAUGUACUACCAAUGGUACUUUGUCCUGGUAAUGCAAUGCUAUAGUCGAAUAGCCAUUUUCUGUAUAGCUUUCUUAGACAUAUAUAUAAAUUGAGCGAAUGCUUCAUAGAACUAUCGCAUUGAUUGCGUUUCCAGAUAUUGAUGAUUGUUCAUCGAAUUCAUGUCAAAACGGAGGAAUUUGCAUCGAUGGAGUGAAUGAAUUCUCGUGUAGCUGUACAGUAGGAUACAGAGGAACACUUUGUGAGGAAGGUCUCCCUACCAGCUGUUCUGACGUCACUGAUAUGGACCUCGCUAAAGAGGGUCAAGCGGGAAUUUACAUUAUAUGCACAAAGCAUAGAACCUCUUGUUAUGAAGUUUUUUGCUAUACGGAUCCCGAUUUUGGUGAUGGCUGGGUCGUAUUCCAGCGGCGAUUUGAGCAAGAGACUCAGGUUGAUUUUGAUGUUGAUUAUGAAAAAUAUGUUGAAGGAUUUGGAGUUCUAACCGGAGAAAUGUGGCUCGGUUUACAGAAAAUCUAUGAACUUACAAACGGAAGACAUAAUGAACUACUCAUCGAACUAACGGAUUGGGGUGGUCUGAAAAGAUAUGCAUUAUAUUAUUGGUUCUCGUUGGAUUCACCUGAAAAAAAAUUCAAACUUAACGUUGAUUCAUCGCAAUUCUAUGGAAAUGCAGGAGAUUCUCUGGUGUGUGACGUCGGAUAUAAAUUUCGUGCGGGAGGCGACGAUGUUUGCUCUAAAACGUAUAAAGGGGGAUGGUGGUUCGGAGAAGAAAACUGUGGCUUGUCAAAUUUGAAUGGUCCUUAUAAGUCUCUGAGUUAUAUCGAAAAUGGAGACUACAAGUAUGAAAGACUUCCUGUCGAUUUCUGGGCUACGUGGCCCAGGAUCGGUGGUGAUAGUCGAUAUUAUCCUAUGAAAGAAACUAAAAUGAUGUUCAGAAAUGUUUGAUAAAUCCGACAUAUCUUUUUCUUUUCUUUUUUGUUAAUAAUACAAACUAUAUGUAUUAAAUAUAGCAUAUUACAAAACGUUAUGUGAUUCUGUCUGUUAGCGGG